AUGCACGGCGGGCGCGACAUUCUCAAAUACUCUAUUUCCGAGGAGGUUCAAGGUGGAACUUUUGUUGGGAACAUUGCAAAGGAUUUGGGACUGGAUAAGAAUGCACUGAAGAACAGAGGAUAUCGCAUUGUGGCAGGCUCAACCGAGACCCCCUUUGAGGUAAAUGAAAACGACGGUAUCCUUUAUCUGAAAAGCAAAAUAGACAGAGAAGAGGUGUGCGAACGUAUCAGCCCAUGUCUAAUCAACCUAAAAACCGUGCUGGAAAACCCACUCGAGAUCCACUACGUGUCAGUGGAAAUCCUGGAUGUGAACGAUCACUCGCCCGUUUUUCCGGAGAAAGAGAAGAAGCUUGAGAUUUCAGAGUCAGCCCUACCGGGGGCGAGAUUUCAGUUGCAGGCAGCCCGCGACCCCGAUGUAGGCCAGUUCUCCAUUCAGCAGUACAAACUCAGCCACAACGAACAUUUCAGAAUAGAAGUCAAAGAUCGAGGCGAGGAUCGUAAGUUCCAAGUUGUCGCCACUGAUUCUGGGACUCCGUCACUGAGCAGCAACGUCACAGUGAACGUGUUCAUUCUGGAUCAGAACGACAACGCACCAGUCAUCCUGUAUCCACUCAGCUCCAAUGGUUCUGCUGAAGGUGUGGAGGAGAUUCCACGCAACGUGAACGCAGGACACUUGUUCCAAGUUGUCGCCACUGAUUCUGGGACUCCGUCACUUAGCAGCAACGUCACAGUGAACGUGUUCAUUCUGGAUCAGAACGACAACGCUCCAGUCAUCCUGUAUCCACUCAGCUCCAAUGGUUCUGCUGAAGACGAUGGAGUCCUUUACGUCAGCCAGAAGAUCGACAGAGAGAAGGUGUGCUCGCAAAGCAGUACGUGUUUAUUAAACGUGAAAACGGUGCUGGAAAACCCCCUGGAAGUGCACUACGUCGUGGUAGAGGUGCUGGAUUUCCAAGUUGUCGCCACUGAUUCUGGGACUCCGUCACUGAGCAGCAACGUCACAGUGAACGUGUUCAUUCUGGAUCAGAACGACAACGCUCCAGUCAUCCUGUAUCCACUCAGCUCCAAUGGUUCUGCUGAAGGUGUGGAGGAGAUUCCACGCAACGUGAACGCAGGACACUUGUUCCAAGUUGUCGCCACUGAUUCUGGGACUCCGUCACUCAGCAGCAACGUCACAGUGAACGUGUUCAUUCUGGAUCAGAACGACAACGCUCCAGUCAUCCUGUAUCCACUCAGCUCCAAUGGUUCUGCUGAAGGUGUGGAGGAGAUUCCACGCAACGUGAACGCAGGACACUUGUUCCGAGUUGUCGCCACUGAUUCUGGGACUCCGUCUCUGAGCAGCAACGUCACAGUGAACGUGUUCAUUCUGGAUCAGAACGACAACGCUCCAGUCAUCCUGUAUCCACUCAGCUCCAAUGGUUCUGCUGAAGGUGUGGAGGAGAUUCCACGCAACGUGAACGCAGGACACUUGUUCCAAGUUGUCGCCACUGAUUCUGGGACUCCGUCACUGAGCAGCAACGUCACAGUGAACGUGUUCAUUCUGGAUCAGAACGACAACGCUCCAGUCAUCCUGUAUCCACUCAGCUCCAAUGGUUCUGCUGAAGGAAGUUACUGA